AUGAAGCUCGAAACCGCGCUUCCAGUGGCGUUGGCCGUUGCCGUAAGUUCCGCUCUGGUCUUGCCAGACGUCGAGAAAGCCUCGCACGAGGUUGCAGAGCGCGUCUCGAACGCUCUGCACACCGGUGAGUCUGUGCUGGCGUCGUUUGGGAAAGAAAUCACCAAGAACGCCGCUGAAAAGGGCGAGUCCGUCAAACUUGCGCCACUUGUUGUUCAGACGGAGAGUUUCUACCCUCGCAUUCCUCACCGCUACAUCGUGGUGUUCAAGAGCCAUGUCUCGUCCCAAGAGGCCGACUUCCAUCGCGAAGUCGUCUCUCAGGCGCACGCUCAAUCUGUCGCCAAACUGCCGCUCUCACACUCGUUUUUCGAAGCCACAGCCGGCCGUCCCAAAGGCAUGGGCGAGUUUAAGGACGAUGAAGACUGGGAGAUCUUUGGCAGCGCCAAGACUCCUGAAGGCGGUAUCCAGGACUCGUUUGACCUAGCUGGCUUGUUACACGGGUACAUAGGCUACUUCACGGAAGAGGUGAUUGAUUUCAUUCGUAUGAACCCACUUGUGGAGCUAGUCGAGCAGGACUCUCUUGUAUUCGCACAAGAGUUCGACACUCAAAACGGUGCUCCUUGGGGUCUUUCCCGUAUUUCGCACCGCGAAAAACUAAACCUAGGUUCCUUCAACAAGUACUUGUACGACGAUGCUGCCGGGAAGGGUGUUACUUCUUACGUCAUCGACACCGGUAUCAACGUGGACCACAAGGACUUUGAUGGCAGAGCCGUCUGGGGUAAGACUGUCCCAACUAACGAUCUUGACCAGGACGGCAACGGUCACGGUACUCACUGUGCCGGAACCAUCGCCUCCAAGCAUUACGGUGUUGCCAAGAACGCCGAAGUGGUCGCCGUCAAGGUUUUGAGAUCCAACGGCUCUGGUUCUAUGUCGGAUGUUGUCAAGGGUGUUGAAUUUGCCGCAAAGUCUCAUCAAGACGCUGUCAAGAGCAACAAGAAGGGUUUCAAGGGCUCCACUGCCAACAUGUCGCUGGGUGGUGGCAAGUCGCCAGCACUAGACAUGGCCGUCAAUGCCGCCGUUAAGGCUGGUCUACACUUUGCCGUGGCUGCCGGUAACGAGAACCAAGACGCUUGCAACACGUCUCCCGCUGCUGCUGAGAACGCCAUCACGGUUGGUGCCUCGACCUUGGCUGAUGACAGAGCCUAUUUCUCCAACUGGGGUAAGUGUGUUGACAUUUUCGCUCCAGGUUUGAACGUCUUGUCCACCUACAUUGGCUCGGAAACUGCCACUGCCACUCUGUCUGGUACUUCUAUGGCUUCUCCACACGUUGCCGGCCUACUGACAUACUUUUUGUCCUUGCAGCCUGAUUCUGACAGUGAAUACUUCCACGCUGCUGGAGGCGUCACCCCAGCGCAGCUCAAGAAAAAAUUGAUUGCUUACAGUACCAAAAACGUCUUGGGAGACUUGCCCGAGGACACUGUGAACUAUCUAAUCUACAACGGUGCCGGCCAAGAUUUGGAUGGUUUCUGGUCUGAAUCAGAACAGGAGGUGCCAGCGAAGAGCCCUGUUGGUGCCGAAAUCGAAGAACUCAUUGCUGGAUUGGACGAUAAGACCGAUCUUAUCAACGAGGAAAUUAGAGAGGUCUUUGAUAAGUUGACUGGUCUUCUAUAA